AUGACGAUUUUCUACGAAGGAUCACUUCAGGAGGGCAUUGCCCUCGCCAUGAGAGAGGCCAAGGCGGUGGCUUGCUUUGUCCGAGAUGACGCCCAGCUGAGCUCGACUUGGGAGGAUGAGUACUUUGCAGAUAAUGAGGUUGCGCAAGCUCUCGGUGACAAGUCGGUGCUAUUGCGCCUCACCGCUGGGACCCAGGAAGCUGGUUUCCUGAGUUCGUUUUGUCCAGUCGCCGAGUUUCCAGCUGUGAUCGUAAUCAAGAGCGGCAAAUUAGAAGAGUAUCUGUUGCCAGGCAUAUCGAAGGAGGAGUUCAAGAGCCGGGUUAUUGCAGUCUUGAAUGGAAAAACGGCCUCUUCCGCUGCUCCUGCUCAACAACCACAAGCCAGCGCCUCUGCCGUGAAUAACGCGUCUUCUGCUGCUUCAAAUCUGACAGCUGCACUACUCCCCGCAGCCACUACUCCGGCGCAAAUACAGCAAUCACAAAGCGCCAGUUCUUCUCCGAGUCCUGCUCCACAAGGGUCACAAGAAAGCGCAAAUUCAAAGAAGCGGCCUGUCAAGCAGGAGCCGCAUAAGCCUACGCCCUCGAAACCCCACCUAACGGAAGAAGAUCAGAAGAAUAAAUCAGCCCGGAUACCCGAGAAGAAAGCAACGGCCCCUUCAAAGUCAACCAAAUCAGUUCCUAGCAAGGUUCCUGCGCCUACUGUUGAACAGCCCAUACCACAACCACCAGCUCCUCGGGGACCUCCUAGCCAGUACCGACUCCAAGUACGAUUAUUUGAUGGGCGAUCCAUCCGAUCAAGCUUCACGCCAACCCAGACAAUCCGUGGUGAUGUGCGUCCCUGGCUAGAUGAGCAAAUGACCGACGACAACCGCCCAUACAACCUUAAACAUAUCCUAACUCCGCUCCCCAAUCGAACGCUUUCUGUGGCUGAGGAAUCGCAAACCCUCCAAGACCUAGGUAUUGGCUCAACCGCAAACCUGGUCAUGGUCCCUGUCACCUCGUACACCGAGGCUUACGCAUCCGCGGCGGCCAACCUACCUGCACGUGGUAUCACAGCCGUCUACAAUGUAGUAUCAUCUGUUGCAAGCUCAGCCACGAACCUCGUGGGCUCGCUCGUUGGGUAUGGCUCCAGUGCACCGGAAAACGAAACACAAGCGUCUUCGUCUGCUCCUCCGCCGAGCGAGAGUGCCCGGCGGCCACGGACGGGAGGACUGAAUAUUCGAACGCUGCGGGAUCAGCACAAUGAGCGAAAUGAUAGCCAAUUUUACAACGGAAACCAACUGAACUUUGAGCCGCGAAACCAGGAUCGCAAGGAUGAUUAA